AUGCCAGCUGCAUACCCUUCGGAUCACGCCUCCUCCUCCUCUGCCUCCGGUUUCCCUUCCUCCUCGACCGCCGGUUCGACCAAUUCAGGAGACCUUGUCGACGGUCAAAACCCCGAAACCUCCAAUCCUCCGCGUCCCUCUUCAUUGACGCACGCGACAUUGACUACCAACCGACCGGAGGUACCAAAGGCGAAUCCACAGCAACCCCCCGCCGUGGGUCACGACCCCGACGAUAUCGAGAUGGACGCUGUGACGCCUUCGGGCCACCGUCGACGCCGGAGCAGUCUCAUCAACCCUGCCAAUUCCUCAAGCAACCGCAAUCGCUCGCCGGGGGCGAGGUCUCUGUCGACUCGGACAGCCCCGAAUGGAGAUGGCGAGGACAAGAUUGUGGAGGAAAGCAGCGACGAUGAUUCCCCUCGGAACGGCGGUGGGGACGAUGACGGCUUGUCAGAUGAGGACCUGCACGACGAUGAAGAGGCGGGUUUGACGGGGAAAGAUAAGCGGCGGAAGAGGCGGAAGAAGAGAAAGAACCAAUUGCUCGACCAGCGGGUCGUGAGCGAUGACAUCUCCCCGGAGGAGAAGAAAGAGGCGGACCGUAAUGUGUUGAAGAAUUUGAUCAUCAACAUUGUGUUGAUCGGGUUGUGGUACCUGUUUUCCUUAUUGAUAUCCUUGUACAACAAAUGGAUGUUUUCACCCGACAAACUCAACUUCCGUUUCCCUAUGUUUACAACCGCCAUGCAUUUUCUUGUGCAAUUUUCGCUCGCGUCCCUUGUUCUGUGGGUAUUCCCGUCAUUACGACCGAACAACGGCCACAAGUCCGACUUGGGCCAGUCAAGGCAUGAAGCAGAGCCAGAACGACCCCUCAUGACCAAGAUGUUCUAUAUCACGAGAAUUGGGCCUUGCGGUGUGGCAACCGGGCUUGACAUUGGCUUGGGUAACACCUCGCUACAAUUCAUCACCCUCACCUUUUACACCAUGUGUAAAUCCUCCUCCCUCGCCUUUGUCCUGAUCUUCGCCUUCCUCUUCCGCCUCGAAUCUGUGACGUGGAAACUCGUCGGCAUCAUCGCCACCAUGACCCUCGGUGUCGUCAUGAUGGUGGCCGGCGAAGUCGAGUUCAAACUUGGCGGCUUCAUCCUCGUCAUCGCGGCCGCUUUCUUCUCCGGUUUCCGCUGGGCCCUGACCCAGAUCCUACUUCUCCGCAACCCAGCUACCUCGAACCCGUUCUCCAGCAUCUUCUUCCUGGCCCCCGUCAUGUUUAUCACCCUCAUCAGCAUCGCCAUUCCCGUCGAGGGUGCCGGUGCCCUCAUCGAGGGGCUCAAGGGCGUGGCCCACGAAAAGGGCGCUUUGGUCGCCCCGCUCAUCAUCCUCUUCCCCGGUAUGAUCGCCUUCUUGAUGACAGUCUCCGAGUUCGCACUGCUCAAGCGCACCUCUGUCGUCACGCUGUCCAUCGCCGGCAUCUUCAAGGAGGCCGUCACCAUCUCGGCCGCGGCCAUCGUGUUCGGCGAUACCAUGACCGCCAUCAACGUUGUCGGCUUGGUCAUCACGAUCGCGGCGAUUGCUGCAUACAACUGGAUCAAAAUCAGCAAGAUGCGGAACGAGGCGCAGACGGACGUGCAUCGGGGUCACUUGGUGGACGAGGAUGAUGAUGGGUUCCCGAGCAGCAGUGGGAGCGGGAGCAAUAGUGAUAGAGACGAUGAUCAAUGGGAGGAUGCGGGGUUGUUGAGGAGGAGUGGAGAGAGUGAUCGGGGGCUGCUCGCAGGCGACCAAGGGCCGGGCCCAGAAUUGUCGACGGCGACUGGGACGCUGCCUGUAUCGAGGGAAGGGAGAACUGAUUAA